AUGGGAGUUCGAAACAUUCGCGGCGAAGGCCUCCAGCGCAUGAUCGCUGUGCUAGGAGCGGUGGCAUUCUUGGUCCAAGGAUACAACCAGUCCAUGAUGAACGGCUUUACCACGUUGCCCACCUUCUUAGCAGCCAUCCCUGAGGUCGACACCGUCAACACGACAGGGUCCCAGAAGUCUCACAAUGCCACCAUCUUAGGUCUCGUGGUCGCCAUCUUUGAAGCGGGCUCUGCCCUCGGUGCCCUCUCUUGCCUCGUGGUUGGCGAUCGGCUUGGGCGUCCGAAAACCAUGUUACUGGCCGGCAUCGUCUGUGUCAUUGGGGUCGUCAUUCAAGCUUCUACGUAUUCUUUGGGGCAAAUCCUCGCCGGCCGAAUCAUUGUGGGUCUGGGAAUCGGUCUCUACACCGGUACUGUGCCCAUGUACGUCAGCGAGACAGCCGACGCCGACAAGCGUGGACGACUGGUCGCGGUCGAAGGAGUGUUUGCCUUGAGCGGGCUGGCCAUCGCAUCCUGGGUCAAUUUCGGCAUGUACCACACCACGGGCCCCGUGACGUGGAGAUUUCCCAUCGCUCUCCAGCUGGUCUUCAUCGCCAUCUUGCUGGGACUGACCCCCUUCCUCCCGGAAUCGCCGCGGUGGCUGGUCAAGAAGGAGAGGCUGGAAGAGGCCACCGCGGUCAUGGCCAGGCUCAUGGGCCGGGCCGGAGAUGACGCCGAGGUGGCCAGAGAGAUUGCCGUCAUCCACGCGGCCGUCCAGCGAGACGCGGGCCACCGCCACCAGUACUCGGCCAACCCGUUCUCGAUGAACGAAAACCGGCAUCUCCAUCGCCUCCUCCUCGCCGUCACCAUCACCAUGAUCACGCAGAUGACGGGCAUCAACGUGAUUGCCUUCUAUUCCGUCUCCAUCUUCGAAGGCACUCUCGGAUACUCGGGCAGUUCGGCCCGCAUCUUCUCGGCCUGCCUGCAGGUGACGCUGGCCCUGGGCGGGCUGACGGCCAUCUUCACCGUCGAGCGCUUCGGCCGCCGGCGGCUGAUGAUCUUCUCCACGGCCUGUAUUUGCGUGGCCCAGGCAGCCGUCGCAGGCCUGUCGUCCGACCUCCAAAACGUCGGUUCCGCCCGCGCCGCCAUCUUCUUCUAUUUUCUGGCCAUGUACACCCUGCCCAUCGGCAUGUUCAUCAUCCCCUUCAUGUACGGCGCCGAGGUCGCGCCGCUGGGCAUCCGGCACAAGGUCACCGCCAUGGGUGCCGCCACCAGCUGGCUCUUCAACUUCAUGGUCGCCGAAGUCACCCCCGUCGCCUUCACCAACAUCCAGUGGCGAUACAACAUCGUCUACGCCGCCACCAGCGCGGCCGGCUGCCUCGUCAUUUACCUCUUCUACCCGGAGACCCGAGGCAGGACCUUGGAAGAGAUUGACGAGAUCUUCCUCCAGUCCAAAUCGCCCUUUGACCCCGUCCGGGUCGCCAGAAUCCUCCCUGUGGGGAUUGACGCGCUGGACGCGGGUGGCGAUUCCAUGAAAAAGCUCGAUGCCAGCCAUCUGGAAAAGGCUUGA